UCCGGCAGUCUGGCUCCGGUCCGGCGUCGCUAGCGCUAUAUUGUGACGUCUUUGGCAGAUGGUCUACCUUGUUCUGGCACAUUCAAGACAUUUCUUACCGGUGUGAGAUUUGUCGUUGCACAGUUUAUUAAAUAUCAGUGUACUUGAAUAACUGAAGGUUUAACUACUGUAACGGAAAAUGAGUAAAGCGCAUCCACCAGAACUUAAGAAAUAUAUGGACAAGAGGCUAUCUCUAAAAUUGAAUGGUGGUCGAACUGUAGUUGGAAUAUUGAGAGGUUUUGAUCCAUUUAUGAACAUGGUCAUAGAUGAAAGUGUAGAGGACUGUAAGGAUGGUACUAAAAACAAUAUUGGAAUGGUGGUAAUUCGUGGCAACAGCGUUAUAAUGUUAGAAGCUUUGGAUCGAAUAUAAUAUAUGCUCCUAGAACUUUAACUGUAUCUCUAAUAUGUAUAUUUUUCAAUAAACAAUCGACAUCUUUUUAAAAAA